GAAUUCAAAAUACCAUCAUCGUCUAUGAAGAGGCUACAGAGGGGUAUAAUAACAAUCAGACACACUUAUCCACCCUUAGCAACACGGCCAACACGCCUACUGUGGCACCAUCGGGCAUAGUCAGACAACCACAGAGGCUGAGACUAAACACGCACGAAAAAUCUAUUACACACGACUCAACGGCCAUCUCGUUUCUUGAGUCAGCGCUGGCAUGGUUCGUGUUACGGUGGUGGGCGGCGGGGUAAACGCCAUUGGAUCGGCAUUGGCACUACUGCAGAGGGCGCCAGAAUGCCAGGUCACCGUUAUUAGCAAGGAUUUCAGUCCCANCUCUCCAGGCGAUGGAGCAGCUGGCUUCUGGGGUCCGUAUCUGAACCCAAACACACCAGAGGAAAAUAUACUACGGUGGUCACAGGAGACGUGGGAUUUGCUCCUCGAGUGGGUGAAGGCGGGGCAGCAGAAGGGCGUGUCUUUGGUGUCAGGGGCAUGCGUGGGCCGGAGCGAGCUGCCCUUGGAGUUCUGGCACAAGAUCCCAAUUGGGUAUCGCAUCCUCACGCAGGAGGAGUGCACGAUCUAUGGCCCGGAUUAUUGCUCCGGCUACUCGUUCACCUCCAUCAUCGCGGAGCCCUCACACUUCCUGCCGAGGCUCAUGGAUGAGUUGCGAGGCCGCGGCGCCGUCUUCAAGAAGCAGAGACUCACGUCCCUCGAGGAAGCCGCCGCCCACGCCGACCUUGUCCUCAACUGCACGGGCCUCGGGGCGUACGACCUGGUGCCGGAUCACAACGUGUACCCGUGCAGGGGCCAAGUGAUGAGGGUUAAAGCUCCAUGGCAAACCACCUUUCUGUGUGACGAUUCAGAUGAAAAUAUUACAUACAUACUACCUAAUUGUGGAUCUGUGGUCCUUGGAGGAACCAACCAAGACGACGACUGGAGGCAGGAAAUUGACCCCAAAGAUUCGGAGACAAUUUGGAACAACUGUACGAGUCUAGUACCGUCACUAAAGAAAGCAGAGAUCAUUAGGGAAUGGGCUGGACUGCGACCUUGCAGAAGAAAAGGAGUGCGCUUGGAGGCAGACGAGGUGAAAAUUGGGUCACGUAACAUUCCUGUGGUUCACAACUAUGGGCAUGGUGGCUGUGGAGUAACCAUGUUCUGGGGAUGUAGCAAGGAAGCAGCUUCUAUUGCAGCAGACCUGAUCCACAAGCACUUCGGACCCACAAGUAAACUGUAAUGCAUCUUUUUGGAAAUAUGAAUGAAGUUGUUAAUGUUUAAGACUUAAUGUAGUGUUAGUCUUAUGUCAUUUAUCACCCUUAACUACUUUCCAAGAAACAAGAAAAGAUGGACGGAUAGGGUUAUAUUUCUACACGUUUUGCAUUUCUAAAAUUCUGACUGGCAUCUUCUCACAUCAUAUUAAUAACUAAUGUUUGUAAAAUACAGAAAUCUGUAUAAACACCAUAAUUAUUAUCAGUGAAGUUAUGUAUUUACAAGUUUCUCUCAAUAGUGAAAACUUAAAGGUUUUAAAAAUUAAGGAAAUCGGUGAAGACUUCUUUUUGUAGUGUUCAGAGCUGUAACAUCUGAAUAAAUAAUUAAAAUGGGAAAAUAUUCC